GUACAUAGGUAUAAAAUGAAAUAUUACGCGUGGUUGGCAACCGUUGAAGAAAUUGAGAGCUAUGUUAAAAUUAAAAUAAUUAUUUUUCACUUAGAUAGUGGAUAAGCUCUGAAAUAAUUCCUUUUAAUAUCAAAAUGGAUGAUAUAUUGUCUGCAGCUCUCGGACAAAGUGGUUUAAAUUCAUCAUUUUUAGAAAACCAAGAUGGUGAUAAUGGCGGUUUUAACGUAAAUGGGGCAGAAAUCUUCCCUGUUGUUAAUAUUCCUACUCAUGUUAAAUCGAUUAUACCCCCAACAAAUAUAGGUUACGAUAUUGGUGAUGAUCUAACGGAAUUUUUAUGUAUGUUAACAGACUCAGUAAAUGAUAUAAAACAAAACACAAAUGUAAAUGCAAAUACUAACAGUAAUGGUAUUAAGCAUGUUAAUACAACUACUAAUGAGAGUGAAGCAAUAACUGGAGAUGUUGGAGAAAAAGAAAUGCUUGAUUAUUUUUUUAAAUCAGAUGAAGAGGAUGAAGAAUCUGUUCCUUCGCCUGCUACCGAAAAUACUUCUGUUCUGUUUCACCCCAUAAAUAUGUCAUCUAUGUUUCAAACUCAAAAAACUCAAAAAAAUUCAACUUUAAGUGUGCAAUUUCCUAAAUUGGUUUCAUCAAAAACUAUUGUAACACUUCCUAGUGUUAACAACUCUGAAUUUUUUCAGAAUCAUAAUAUAAUAAAAAACUCUUUCAAAACUAAAGAGGGAAAACAAAUAAUUUCAAAUAAUUUUCCAGCUUAUGACACACUAUCCCCUAGAAGUGUUGUUAUGAAUACACCAAAUAAAACUGUUAAAAAGUUUCAGAAUAAAAAAUCACCACCUGGAUCAUCAGGUAAACCUUUGACAUUUGCUAAUCCAAAAAGCCCUUCUGACAUUGAAAAAAAAAGACAAUCAAUUCAAAAAGUUUUAGCAUCUCCAAAUUUAACAGCAAGAGAAAAGCAAUUUAUAAUGAAAAGUGCAAUAUCUCAUAAUAUAAAUGCAGAUGCGAUUCAGCUCCCUUCAAGUCCGAAAUCUAUUUCUUCAGUUCUGAAAAACUCAUCAACUUUGUCUCCAUCAAAUGAAUAUGAAGAAGAUGAUGAAGAUGAAAAUGAAUUAGCACACACAGAUACUUUUGCUGAAUAUAUGCCUAGUAAAGUAAAAGUUGGUUUUAGACAUCCAGAUCCUGUUGUUGAAACUAGUUCAAUGGCAAGUGUUCCACCUCCAGAUGUCUGGUACAAUCUUUUAUUGCCUCAAGAUGUUGUUUUGGAACGUAAAUUGUCAGCUCUUCAGCUUGAAUCUGUGGUAUAUGCAUCGCAACAACAUGAGCAGCUACUACCAAAUGGCAAGCGAGCAGGUUUUUUGAUUGGAGAUGGUGCUGGUGUUGGAAAAGGAAGAACUGUUGCCGGUAUUAUCUAUGAAAACUAUCUUCACGGUCGUAAAAGAUCAAUUUGGCUCAGUGUUUCAAACGACUUACGCUUUGAUGCAAUGAGAGAUCUUAGAGAUAUUGGAUGCCGAGCAAAAGUUCUACCAUUAAACAAGUUUAAAUAUGACGAAAAAAUAACAUCUAAAGUUAAUGGAAAGUUCAAAAAGGGUUGCAUCUUUUCUACAUACUCAGCAUUGAUAGGUGAAACAAGUGGCAACUCCCGUUUCAAAAGUCGGCUUGAUCAGCUUCUUCACUGGUGUGGGGAAGAUUUUGACGGACCGAUAAUUUUAGACGAGUGUCACAAGGCUAAAAACUUAAUGCCUGCUGGUUCUUCAAAACCAACAAAGACAGGUAUUACGGUGAUGAAGUUGCAAGAUAUGUUGCCAAAAGCAAGAGUUGUAUAUUGUUCUGCUACAGGUGCAUCUGAACCAAAAAACAUGGCUUAUAUGAAUAGACUUGGGUUGUGGGGAAAAGGAACUGCUUUUAAAGAGUUUACCGAUUUCAUUCAAUCUGUUGAAAAGAGGGGUGUUGGGGCAAUGGAAAUGGUUGCCAUGGAUAUGAAGCUGAGGGGCAUGUAUAUUGCAAGGCAGUUAAGCUUUUCUGGAGUAACCUUUGACAUAAAAGAAGUAAAACUUUGUGCUUCUUUCAUUGAAAUGUAUGAUGCUUCAGUUAAGUUAUGGCUUGAUGCUAGAGAUAAGUUUGAAACAGCUGCUGAUAUUGUUGGAUUAGAUAGCAAGGGAAAAAAAACUAUGUGGGGUCAGUAUUGGUCUGCCCAUCAGCGAUUCUUUAAAUAUUUGUGUAUUGCAGCUAAAGUAAAAUCUGCCGUUGAAAUUGCUAAAGAAGCAAUUGAAAAAGGAAAGUGUAUACUCUUUGGACUUCAAUCCACAGGAGAGGCACGUACACUUGACCAACUCGAUGAAAUGGGUGGAGAGUUAAAUGAUUUUAUUUCAACAACAAAAGGUGUCUUUAGUACAUUAGUUGAAAAACACUUUCCUACAACUGUGGAUUCUAAAGCUAAUCACAAUAACACUGAUUGUAAAAGAAAGCGUGAUUGGAAGAAAUCUCACAAACAGAAACGACGACGAUAUCAAGAUGGUGUCGAAUUUAUGUCAUCAAGUGACUCAAGUGAUAGCGAAAAUGAAUCAAAAAAUGAGGCCAGUGAUCUUAUAUUGUCUGAUAGUUCAAAUGAAAGUGAGGAAGAAGACUUUUCUUCAGGAAGCUUGUCUGAAUCGGAUGAGGAUGCUUGGAUGAAAGACUCCAGUGAAAAAAGAUCUAAAAAAUCAAUUAAAAAACUUACGAUUAAAUGCUCUGUUGAUCCAAGUAUGAGUGCUCUUGCUGCUGCUGGGCUAAAUGUUGGUCACAAAUAUUCAUGGGCAAAUUCAAAUGAAAAUAGCCUUGAUGUUACAAAAAAUAUGAAAAGUAAUCGCGCUAAGACAGCAACGCCUUCAGGUUUAUCUCUGCGUUUAAAUAAUGUAAAACAAGUGUCAUCUCACCUGGAUCAAGUUCAACAUUGUCAACAGAUGAAGAAAAAUUUACUUGAUCAACUUGAUGUUAUUGCACCGUAUCUGCCUCCUAACACUCUAGAUGAACUUAUAGAUGAACUAGGAGGUCCUGAACAUGUAGCUGAGAUGACAGGCAGAAAAGGUAGAAUUGUUGCUAAACCUGAUGGAACCUUUGGCUAUGAACCCCGCAGUAAAGACGAUGUACCGCUAGAGUUGUUAAAUGUUGCUGAAAAGAAGCGUUUUAUGGACGGAGAGAAAUUGAUUGCUGUGAUUUCUGAGGCUGCAAGUUCUGGAAUCUCUUUACAAGCUGACAGAAGAGUCAAUAAUCAAAGAAGACGUGUUCACAUUACUUUAGAAUUACCUUGGAGUGCAGACAAAGCUAUUCAACAAUUUGGUCGAAGUCAUCGGUCUAACCAGGUUUCAGCUCCAGAGUAUCUUUUUUUGAUAUCUGAACUUGCUGGUGAACAAAGAUUUGCUUCAAUUGUUGCAAAACGACUAGAGAGUUUGGGAGCUCUAACACAUGGAGACAGAAGAGCAACUGAGUCAAGAGAUUUGAGCAAGUACAACAUUGAUACCAAGUAUGGGCGGCAAGCUCUUGAUAUUGUUUUAAAGUCAGUAAUUGGUCAAGAGAAACCAAUAGUACCCAGUCCAACUGGCUACCAUGGCAACUUUUUUGAAGAUGUCAAGAUUAGUUUGGUUGGCAUUGGACUGAUUCAGAAAGAUGAACGAACAGGUUCUUGUACUUUAGCUGACAAAGAUUGUACAAAUAUAAGUCGUUUCUUAAAUCGAAUACUUGGAAUGUCUGUUUCCCUACAGAACAAUUUGUUUCAAUACUUUACUGACACUUUAUCAGAAAUUAUUAAAGAAGCAAAAAGAAGUGGAAGAUGGGAUGAAGGAAUUGUUGACAUUGGUUCUCAAGGUGAAGCUGUCGUUCAAGUUGAUGUUCAGACAUUUUUUUGUCCUUCAACAUGUGGUGAAGUAACAACUGAACUUCGAACUGUUAGUGUUGAAAGAGGCUUGUCAUUUUCAAAAGCUGUGGAAAUGAAUGCAAAAUCCCAUGAUCCAAAUGAAGGAUUUUAUAUUUCAAAACAACUUAGAAAUGGUAAAAAUACAGCAGCACUUGUUCUCAAACCUCACGGAAAACUUCUCUACGCAAUAUAUAGACCAAACAUUGGACUUGCUCAAAAGUUUGAAUCCUUAGAAGAUAUACAAAACAAAUAUGAAAAGGUAAAACCAAGUGAUGUUGAAGUCAUAUGGAAUGAGCAAUAUGAAUACUCUGAAAAAAAUUGCUCUCACGCCUUUUUACGUGGAUACUGCAAACGAAAAAUAGUCGGACUUCCUUGUGAGGUCGGCACGCGAAAACGUACUUGUUAUAUUUUAUGUGGUUCAGUAUUGAGUGUAUGGUCUAAAGUUGAAACUUUGCUUUCGUGUCAGCCUGGAUCUGCCUCAAAAAUGCAAAUAAUUAGGCUAAAACUUGAUAAUGGUGUCAAACUCGUUGGCAUGUCUAUACCCAGCAAUUGUGUCGAACCACUUAUUCGUGUUUUGUCCUCCGAUCUUCGAGUUGAACGAAAAAGACCUGAUUAUUAGUCACCUUUCACCCGUGUUUUUUUUCUUUGAUCGUUUAAACAAAGAAAAUGUUCAAGGGUGGUUUUAAUGAUUUUAUUUUCAUAUUUUUUUAUAAAAUUACUUCCAUUUAAAAAUGGUUAUGUCUAUUUUUUAACGACAAAAUAUACAUUUUAGUGUAGAGAUAUUGUAAAAUUUUCUUAUAAAAUUUAUAUAAAUUUUUGUUUGCUUUUA